AUGACUGUCACUUCGACUACACCCGCUCUUUAUACUCCUAUUAAGUUGGGAAAUGUUAACCUCGAGCACAGAGUCGCUAUGGCUCCUUUGACUCGUUUUAGAACGCCCAACCAUAUUCCUCCCAAGGCAUUUGCUCAGUAUUACGAGCAAAGAGCUUCUCGUCCUGGUACUUUUAUUAUUACUGAGGCUACUGUUAUUUCACCCAAGGCUGGCGGGUACGAUAAUGUUCCUGGUAUCUGGUCUCAGGAGCAAAUUGAGGGCUGGAAGCAAGUUUACUCGAAAAUUAAUGCUAAGGGCUCUUUCGCAUUUCUUCAACUUUGGGCUAUUGGCCGAGUUGCUGAUCCCAGUGUCCUCGAGAAAGAGGGUAUCACUUCCGGACUUGUAUCUGCUUCUGAUGUUGCAGUAAAGAAUGGAGCUACUCCUCGUGCUCUGACUAAGGCUGAGAUCAAGGAAUAUAUUGAGGAUUAUGUCAAGGCUGCUAAGAACGCUAUUGAAGCGGGAGCUGCUGGUGUUGAAAUCCAUGGUGCCAAUGGAUAUCUCCCAGAUCAGUUUUUGCAUGAGAAUACUAAUCGUCGUACUGAUGAAUAUGGUGGUUCAAUUGAGAACCGUGCUAGAUUUGUUUUAGAGGUGGUUGAUGCUCUAAUUGAGGCUGUUGGUGCUGAGAAAGUUAGUAUCAGACUUUCUCCUUGGAGUAGCUUUAACGAGGUCGAGCCAGGUGUGAGUCCUAUUCCUCAGUGGUCUUACAUUAUCACCGAGCUUGAGAAGCGUGCUCAGGAAGGUAACAGACUUGCUUAUAUUCAUCUUGUUGAACCUCGUGUAGAUGGCAGCGUUGAUCGUGAUGAUUUUGCUGGCAGCAAUGAGUUUGCUCGGAAUAUCUGGCAGGGCAUUAUUCUUCGUGCUGGUGGACUUGUCCAUGAUGCUGAGAAGCUCGCUGAGGAAGAUUCCAAGACCAUUGUUGCACUUGGAAGAUAUUUCAUCUCUAAUCCAGAUCUCGUUAACCGUCUUGAGCAGAAGGUAGAGCUCACUCCUUAUGAUAGAUCUACAUUUUAUGCUACAGAGCCUACAGAUGUUUCUGGCUACCUUGAUUACAAGACUGCUACUCAGUAG